AUGCUUUAGUUUAUAUUUAUUUUUUGGAUUACAAUAUAUCUAGAGACUAGUAAUUAAUAGAGCCUAUAUUAUUCAGCAUUUACUGAAGAUAAUUUAAAUGGUUUCGAUGGUAAUAAUAAAAUAAUCAUAGAUUGGUAUUUUAUAGACAUAGACCCUUCAACUGUGAUUUCAACAUGCAAAGAGAAAAAUAUAAUAGGAGGUUAUACAAAAUUUGGUUAUAAACAAGCAGCUAUGAAGUUCCUAUAAUUACCUCCUCAUUAUAGAGUUAAAAUUGAGUUGACUUUGUAUAUGUAAAUUAUUUAAUGUACAAUAGAAUUGAUUCAUGGAACAAUAAUGAAUAUUUUUAGGUUUAUAUUGACUAAGAUCUUGUUUAUAAUGUUGAAUAUUUCACAGAAUAAGGAUAAUCUAAUUUUUGUGGAAUUGAUUAUUUUAAUGAUUAAAUCCACGAAAUUAAAUUUGAAAUAAAUCAUAAUGGAUUGUCAACAAACCUAUACUUAUCAAGCACUUUAGAUUCUAAUCCAUGGGAUGUAUAUUAUUUUUUAAAAAAAGGAAUCAUGGGGUUUUAGGAAUUUCAGACUUUUCAUUUACUAAUGUCCAUCUGGUUGUUUAAUUUGUUCUGAAGAUGAUUAAUAGUCUAAUUGUAUAAUAUGGGUGCUUUUUUAGUCAUUUUAUACAGAAAUUGAUCCUAAUCUAUUUGAAGUAGAAGGAUGGAAUAUUGAAAAUUAAUAAGAUAAAAAAAAAAAAAAAUGCAAAUGUAAAAAGUUUAUAUGAAAUUUAGCUAUUCCAGUUAUUUGUGGGGAUAAUAUUUGUGGUUUAGAUACUAUAAUUUUUAAGAAUUUUUAUUCAUUACCAUUUCAUACUAAGAUGAAAAUUAAAUUUAAGUACUUAAAAAUUGAUAGUUGGGAAAUCAAUGAUUAAGCAUUAUUAAAAGUUGAUGGUGAAAUAAAAUGGAUUGCUCAAUUAUCAUAACAAAAUUAAUAUUUAUAUAGUCUUUGUGGAAGUAAUUCUCCAGAAGUAUAUGUUAAUGUAGAAAUUACAUUCUUGCAUUCAUCAACAAAUGCAUUAAUUCAAAUUUUGAAUACUUUAGAUGAAAGUUUAUCAGAUGAAUCUUUUGGAAUAAGAGAUAUUCAAAUUUUUAUAGGUAUAAAUAGCUUUAAUUUAGAAUAAAUAUUAUGUGGAGACUAAAUAAUUCAAUUUACAGAAGAUUGUGAUGAUGGAAAUUUAUUUCCGUUUGAUGGUUGUUUCAAUUGUAAAUACUCAUGUAUUGAAGGAUGUUCUCUGUGUCAUAAAGGAAUAUGUCUUAAUUGUUUUUCUGGAUGGAUUUUUUAGAAUCAUUUAUUUAUUUGCUCAAAAAUUACUGAUUUAGAUUAAUAAUAAAAAUUUAUCAGUUCAUAAACUAUUGGAAGUGAACUAUAUUAUUAAAGUGUAAUUUAAUGUCAAAAAGGUUUUUAUUUAAAUUAGAUUUCAAAUUAGUGUGAAUCAAUUUGUGGUGAUAAUUUCAUCACUAAUACUGAGGAAUGUGAUGUUUAAUCAUAAUUUUGUCAUUAAUGUAAAUUUCAAUGUAGCAGUAAUUGUUUGUAAUGUUAAUUUGGUAUUUGUUUAGUAUGUUAGAAUGAUUAUUUAUUAUAAAACAAUUAUUGUGUUUAGACUUAAAUAAAAAAUAGAUGUUAACCCUAGUGCAAUAUUUGUAUUGAAAAUACAUGCUAUAAAUGUUAAUCUGGAUAAAUAUUGAUAUUAGGUUAAUGUCAAGAAAUUUGUGGUAAUAAUAAUAUUGCUAUUUAUACACUUGAAGAAUGUUCUUGUGAUUUUUAUUGUUUAGAAUGUUUUAUUGGUGUUUGUUAUAAAUGUAAUAAAAAUUACAUGUUAAUAAAUAAUAAUUGUGUCGAAAUUCCUGUUACAUGUGGAGAUCUUAUUAUUUAAGAAAAUGAAGAAUGUGAUGAUGGUAAUAAUAUUGAAUUUGAUGGUUGUUUUAAUUGUAAAUAUUCUUGUUAUAUUGGAUGUUAAGAUUGUAAAUUAGGAAUUUGUUAAGAUUUAUGUUAAUAUGGAUUUUACUUUAUAAAUAAUACUUGCUCUACAAUUUGUGGAGAUUCUAUUUUAGCUGGAAAUGAAUAAUGUGAAGAUGGUAACACUAACAAAUAUGAUGGAUGUUACUAAUGUUAAUAUUCAUGUUCAUAAAAUUGUUCUGAUUGUUUAAAUGGAAUUUGUCUUAUUUGUAAUUUAGGAUUUCUUCUCAUUAAUAAUAAUUGUAUGAAUAUUUGUGGAGAUGGUAUUCUAUACUCAGAAGAACAAUGUGAUGACGGAAAUCAAUAGGAUGGAGAUGGAUGUUCUAAAUUAUGUGAAAUUGAAUCUGAUUGGAUUUGUAAAUAAGGAACUGAUUGCACAUUUGUCAAGUACCCUAUAUUAAAAACAGAUUAUUUAACGUAAAAAAAUUAAUAUUAAUAUGUUCAAAUCACUUUUACUCAACCUGUUCAAUCAUACUCUCAUAUAACUUAUAGAGACACUUUAUUACUUGAAAUUUUAAAUUUAAAUGAAACCAUUUUUAAUAUUAUUAUUAAGGAUGUAAAACCUGCUUAAUUUUUAAUUGUAUCAGAUGUAUAAUACAUUCUAUAAAUUCAAAUUCAUACAAAUUUAAAUUAUUAACCAAUUUUAAAAGUCAAUUUAACAGAAUAAUUAUAUAGUAUAGAUGAUGCUCCAUUACGAAAUAUGAUAGAUUAUAUACAAUUAAAUUAUCCUAAUUAUAUAACUGAGUAAUAAAGUAACUUUGCUCAUGCUUUUUAAAUAAUCAGUAAAGUUUCAGUUUUCUCUAUUUAUGGAUCUUCGAUUCUUCUUAUUAUUUUAGGUAAUUCAUUAUCUUUUUGGGGUAUCUUAGAUGCCUUACAAUAAUAAUCAUAUCUAAAAUUUAUUAAUGUUUUAUAUCCAUAGACUUUAAUCAUAUAUUUUGAAUCUAGUGAAUUGAUAUCAAUUCAAUUCUUACUAAAUAAUCUUACUAAAUUAAAUAGAAUGGCUAAAGUUCUAGAAUUUCCUUAUUUAGAAUCAUAUGAAAAGUUUCGAUUUUAUGAAAUUAAUGCUGAUAUUACUGAAGGACUGAGAAUUGAAAUUUUUCUUUUUGCCACUUUUUCAUUUGUUUACUUGAUUAUUUUAAUUACUAUUUAAAUCAUUAAUAAUCUUGAAGUAAAUGAUAAAUUUUUGAAAUUUCCAAAGUUCAUUCGUUUUUUACAAAAACAUAAGAGAAAAAUUUAUUUUAAAUUUAUAAGAACGAAUGGUUCUUUCUUUAAAAGUGCCUUAUUAGCAUGUAGUUGGGAUCUAAUUUUCAUGGCUUUCUUGGAGAUAAACACUUAUCAUGAUUUAACAGUUUAUCGAACUUUUGUUCGUCUAUCUUUAGCUUUAAUAAUCAUAAUUACAACUUUAAUUUUUAUUUUAUCUCAAGUAACUGGAAAAUUGAAUUGGAAAAAAUAAAGUUUUCAUUAAUUUUGGAGGGAAAAAAAAAUUUUUUUCAUUAUAAUAAAGAAAUUACUUAUUCUCUUGAUUUUAGUCUUUUUUUAAUAUGAACAAGUAUUGUAAACUUUAAUUUUAACCUUGAUUAACUUAUUAUAUUUAAUUUAUGUAAUAAAUUUUAAACCAUUUGAUGAGUAAUAAGAAUACCUAAAAAGUUUAAUUAUGGAGACAUCCUUAACUCUUUUUACUGCAUCAACUUUUUUAAAUUGGAAUUUGUUAUCUCAUUACAUUUAAUAUAAUUAGAGAGUCAUUAUUAGUUGGAUUCAAAUAUGUUUAUUGGUAAGUGUCUUGAUAUUAUUUAUGUUUUUUGAGCUUUAUAAUGCAUUUGUAAUUAUAAAAGAGAACAUCAAAAAAUUAAUAGCAAAUAGAAGUAUUCCUAAAAAGUAGGAUGAUGAUUCAUCUUAAAAAUAAAAUAAUUAACAAAUUGUAGAAGGGACAUUAUAAAGAGUCCCAAUUGCUAGAGUUUGUUUUUCUUGUCAAAUCCAUUAGACAGUUUGA